AUGCUAGCAGCUUUGUACGGGAAGCGAGCGGUUUCCGGGACACGCCGGGCCGUGCAGGUGGGUCUGCGCACAUUCGCAGCGCAGUCCGAGGUGCGUGUGGGCGAGGCGGAACGGCCACAGGCGGGGACGUCGUCGUUCAAGACGGCGAAGGUGAUCGAGAACCGCAUGGACGACAAGCCCAACGUGGUGAUCCUGGGGUCCGGCUGGGGUGCGAUUUCGUUCCUGAAGCACAUCGACGCGCGGAAGUACAACGUGACGGUGGUGUCGCCACGGAACUACUUCCUGUUCACGCCGCUGCUGCCCUCGACGCCCGUGGGCACGGUGGACGAGAAGUCGAUCAUCGAGCCGGUGGUGAACUUUGCGCUCAAGAAGAAGGGUAACGUGUCUUACUACGAGGCGGAGGCGACGUCGAUCAACCCGCAGCGCAACACGGUGACGAUCAAGUCGGUGUCGACGGUAGCACAGCUGUCGCACCCGGACAACCACCUGGGGCUGACGCAGCAGGACUCCGCGGAGCUGAAGUACGACUACCUGGUGUCUGCGGUGGGCGCGGAGCCCAACACGUUCGGCAUUCCGGGCGUGGAGGAGCACGGCAACUUUUUGAAGGAGAUCCCACACUCGUUCGAGAUCAGAAAGCGCUUCCUGUCGAACGUCGAGAAGGCGAACCUGUUGCCCAAGGGCGACCCCGAGAGAAAGCGUCUGCUGACCAUCGUGGUCGUGGGCGGUGGUCCUACCGGUGUGGAGACCGCGGGUGAGUUCCAGGACUACGUCGACCAGGACCUGAAGAGAUUCAUGCCCUCCAUCGCUGAGGAGGUGCAGAUCCACCUGGUGGAGGCCUUGCCCAACGUGCUGAACAUGUUCGAGAAGAAGCUGACCUCGUACGCCCAGGACGUGCUGCAGAAGACCAACAUCAAGCUGAUGUUGAGAACGGCGGUGGGCAAGGUGGAGAAGGACCACCUGAUCGCCAAAACCAAGAAGGAGGACGGCACCGUCGUCGAGCAGACCAUCCCUUACGGUACGCUGAUCUGGGCCACCGGUAACAAGGCCAGACCCAUUGUCUGCGACCUAUUCAAGAAGAUUCCAGAGCAGAACAGCAGCACCAGAGGCUUGGCCGUCGACAACUACAUGUUAGUGAAGGGAACAAACAACGUGUUUGCGGUUGGUGACAACGCCUUUGCCGGCUUGGCCCCAACGGCGCAGGUCGCACACCAGGAAGCGGAAUACUUGGCCAAGGUAUUCGACAAGAUGGCCAAGAUCCCAGACUUCCACGAGCAGCUAACCCAGAGAAAGGAGAAGGUCGACCUCCUAUUCGAGGAGCACGGCUUCAAGCCAUUCAAGUACGUGCACCUCGGUGCGCUGGCCUACCUGGGCGCGGAGCGUGCCAUUGCCGACAUCACCUACGGCAAGAAGUCGUUCUACACCGGCGGUGGUUUGAUCACGUUCUACAUCUGGAGGGUCACCUACUUGAGUAUGCUUCUCUCUGCUAGAUCCAGAUUCAAGGUCAUUGCUGACUGGUUGAAGCUGACUUUCUUCAAGAGAGACUGCUUCAAGGAGAUGUAA